UUAGGGCGACACUGCGGCUCAACAACGAGUCUCGCAUCUACAGGGAAAACUCCUGCAACGACCUCGUUGAAGCUGAAAUUAGUUCUCAAGCUCUUGAAUGAUGUGUCAGUACUUACUUUAUGACUUCAAUUGCUUUGAAGUCCUGUACGCUUUACAUAUAUCGCCCAAGGGGUGGAUCUCCCGGAAAGGCAAAUGGUCUUCCUAAUAAGGGACUUGUUUGGCUGUGAAUCCCGGACCCGCCGAUCCUGCCCUGUGGAUGCACAUGCAACGCUGAAGUCGUACCGGAAAGCUCAUUAUUCAUCUUUACGGCGCUACAGUUAGCUACCAGCUAAGAAAAAUGCCGCCGCACCCGAACACUGGCUUCCUCGUGCGGGCCCAGCGCGUGUUCCUCUACCUGGGUAUUGCAUAUGCGGCUUUAGUGGUGCUGCUCGCCAUCCCUUUCUUCCAGCUCCACGCGGUCUACCUGCACUCGGUGAGGUGGCCGCUGUUCGCCAAGUUCGACGUGCCGGAGAAGUACGGAUUAGCGCCUGGGAAAACUCUGAAUGUCAAGCUCACAACCUCGGAUAAUCAAACCAUCGGCGCGUGGUUCGUCCUCUCCGAUUCCUACUACCACACGCUUCAACCACCCAUCGACCCCGUCACCCUCACCACGGAGCACGUCCGCGCGUCGCUCCAAACCUACCCGACGAUCCUCUUCCUGCACGGCAACGCCGCGACGCGCGCCGUGCCCUUCCGCGUGCAGCACUACUCCGCCUUCACUUCACGCCUGCGCGCGAACGUGCUCGCGAUCGACUACCGCGGGUUCGCCGACUCCUCGGGUACGCCGAGCGAGGCGGGUCUGGUGCGCGACACCCGAGCGGCGUACGACUGGGUGCGCGAGCGCGGCGCGCGGGCGGAGGAUGUGCUGGUCGUGGGGCAUAGUCUGGGGACGGGCGUGGCAGCGCGGUUUGUAAGGGAGCUCGAGGAGGCGGGCGGGCGGGUGAAGGGGAUGGUGCUGCUUGCGCCGUUCCUGUCGAUUGGGAAGUUGGUGGAUACAUACCACGUGUUGGGGUUCAUCCCCCUUAUGAAGCCGCUGAGGAAUAUUCCCUAUGCAGCGAAUCUUGUGCUCAAUUUCCUGACGCAUCAUUUCGACACUUCCUCCGUCAUUGCCGAUAUCAAAUCACCUAUCCUCCUUGCCCACGCCGAGGACGACUGGGACAUCCCCUGCGCGCACUCGGAUCAGCUCUUCUCAUCCAUUCUGGAGCCCCUUCUUCCCCGCCUCCCUGACUUACCCAAGUCAGCUCCCGAAAUUUCUCAGCUGACCAAGGACGACUGGAGCGACUACUUAUCGGCCCAGUCAAUGCGGAAGGGUCUCCGCGGGCAGAUGGUCACCGAGACUGGUGUACCGAACUUGGGCACCAUCCAAGAAUUAAGGAGAGGGAAUGGGGAUGGGAAGGUGGUGUAUGUCAAGCCGAAUUGGGGUGGGCAUGACCGGGUUGGACUCAUGGAAGGCGUGCAAGAUAUUAUUGGCAGGACCUUUGGUAUGCUAUAACCGUAUUUUAGCGAGGUGCAUAUUUUAGUGAUAGAUGCACGACUUGCCAGUCCACAUAAUUGCUGCAGUGAUCUGUCGGA